AUGUUAUCUAUUAUUAAGAAAUUGGUUUUUUUUUUUACAUUUAUUAUUGUUAUAUGUCUGUUUAAUAUAAUGGGUGCCUAUUUAGACCGUCCUAUAACUGAAUCACAUUAUGAUUAUGGAAAAAAUGACAAAAUUAAAUAUGUCGCUGCAAGUAUGCAAGGAUGGAGAACUGAGCAAGAGGACGCACAUAAUGCAAUUUUAGAUUUAGAAAAAGACAUUCAUAUGUUUGCAGUAUAUGAUGGUCAUGGUGGUAAGGAUGUAUCCACGUACACUGCAGAUCAUUUUCCCCAAUAUCUUAUUCAACAAGAAAAUUGGAAAAAUGGGGAAUUUAGUAAUGCCUUAAGUGAUGCUUUUAUUUCAUUUGAUGAUGUCUUAAGGCAACCAGAAGUUUUAAAAAUAUUGAGCAGUAUUGCACAAAAACCUUGCUCAUCUGAAAAUCGUGUUGAUAAUGAUAGUGAUGAGUCCAAAAAUUUGACUACUGAGUCAGGAAUGAAAAUUGAAGAUGUUCUUCAACGUUACGGUGUCCAACUAAAUAAAGCAGGAAUAACUACUGAAGAGUUAGUGGAUCAGGCAAAUGCACUUUUACAAAAAAGAAAUUUAUCAAAUGAUGAGGAUGAUAAAAAUGAAAUGACAGAAAUUGGUAAAAAAAGGGCGCCACCUCCAUUAGAAAAUAGACCUGCAAAAACUAUAAAGUUAGAUGAUAUUGAUGAUAAAUCAGAAUCAUCUAAUGAUUCAGAUUAUGAUGAUGACAAAGCUGCAGAAGAUGCUGAAGAAGAGUUAUCUGAUGAAGAAAAUACAGAAGAUGAGGAAAAUGAUGACGAUUGUAGUAUGGAUGAUAUGGAUGAGGAAGAAGAUUAUGCAAAUGUUGGACCUGAAACACCCGGUCUUGAUUCAGGUACAACUGCUUGUGUUGUUGUUAUACAUAAAGAAAAUAUAACAGUUGCAAAUGCUGGUGAUUCUCGUGCUGUUUUGUGUAGAGAUGGAAAAGCAAUUGAACUUUCUUUUGAUCACAAACCAGAAGAUAAAAGUGAAAAAAGUAGAAUUGUUAAGGCAGGUGGUACAAUAUCUGCUGAUGGUCGUGUAAAUGGAGGUCUUAAUUUAUCUCGAGCCUUAGGGGAUCAUUAUUACAAACAAAAUAAAGAUUUACCAUUGGAAGAACAGAUGAUAUCUGCCAAGCCUGAUAUUGUUGAAGAUAAAAUAACAGAUCAAGAUGAAUUUUUAAUUAUUGCUUGUGAUGGUAUUUGGAAUUCGAUGUCGAGUCAAGAGGUUGUAGAUUUCGUUAAAGAAUUAUGGGGAAAAGAAACUUUAAAACAAAUUUGUGAUAAAAUAAUGGCAAAUUGUCUUGCUGAAAACACAGAAGGUGAUGGUACAGGAUGUGAUAAUAUGACAGUUAUUGUUGUUGAUUUAAAAAAUACUACUGAAUUGGGACAAUUUGAUAAUUUUGAAGAUACUAAACAAAUUGAGUAA